UCGGAUAACGCAACAAUUACACCGUUAUGGAUAACCUACGGAUACUGGCUGAGCGUUUGGUUCUGGAUUAUGAUCAUCAUUAGCCUGUGCGGAGUGCUGUGCAACAUCCUCGUCAUGUACAUUAUCCUGUCACAACGUAAACUCCGCUCCGGGUGCGGUAUCCUCAUUGCGCACUUGCUGUUUAUCAACGUGACACUCUGCUUAGUACACAUGCCGAUCCUCAGUAUCUCCACGUAUUUCUACGCACCGUACGUACGGCUCGGGAAGACGUUCUGUAAUUACACCAUCUUGUUUUACUACUCAUCUUUAUACACCGUUGAUUGGGCAGCGUGCCUGAUUUCUGUUAACCGGUAUGUGGCUAUCUUUCUCCCGCAUCAUUACCGCAAAUGCGCCGGACGAUACGGUGUUAUUUCGAUGAUAGUCACUGGAUGGAUAAUUGCGUUUAGUUGUAACUUGGUACUUUUUUACGGGGUCGGUGGCGCCUAUCAGUCGACGAAACCGUGGGGAGCGUGCGGCAUCACCGUGUCCGAUGCUGUUACUUAUCCCACCGUUACUGUGAUCUGUGUGACGCUGCCCGUUUGUCUAGAGGGCGUUGUGUAUCUAAGCAUCUUUGCGGUGGUGGGAUUACGGAAGUUGAUCAAUCGGCGACGGGUGUCGGUGGCGGAUGUGAAUGCCGAUGUGGCCCAUCAGCACCAGUUUAAGAAACGGUUUAGAGUGGCCAGAAUGUUGUUUUGCUCGUAUGUGUGGUAUUCUAUCUGUUUUCUACCGGCACCCAUCGCGUCCAGUCUGUAUCCGGUCCAGUAUGCUUCCUUACCGCUUUUGCAGUUGUUUCUGAGGGUGCUGCUGGUGCUGGGAUACGCCACCAUCCCGUUGAUCUACCUAAUCAUGAAUAAUGAUUACCGUAGUGGACUGAAGAUUGUGGGAAAGCGUCUCCGAAGACUUCUGGGCCAACAGUCAUUCAUGGUUUCUGUUGACGCCACCAAGUCGGGAGGUGGAUCGCGAACUGGAUCCUAGGCAAUUUUGCACUGCGGAAUUCAAACAACCGUACUGACUUUCUAUAGUACUCUGCAGAUGUGAUGGAAACCAGAUCUUCUUAAUAACUGCCGCCUGAUCUUUCAGUCCUGG